AUGGCCACGCGGACACCGCCGGCGUUGAUGGACGAGCUCGUGGAGGAGAUCCUCGUCCGCAUCCCGCCAGACGACCCCGCGCGGCUCGUGCGCGCCAGCAUCGCGUGCAAGCGCUGGUGCCGCCUCGUCUGCGAUCCGGGCUUCCGCCGCAGGUUCCGCGAGCGCCACCGGACGCCCCCCUUGCUCGGCGUCAUCCGCUACUGCCACGUGAGAGGCCGCGACAGAGUCGCCCGCUUCGUCUCCACCUGCUCCUUCCGCCCGCGUCGCGCCGACCGCCACGGAUGGCGUGCGAUCGACUGCCGCCUCGGCCGCGUUCUCCUCCGCAGCGAGCCUUGGAGCUCCAGGUCAGUCUUCGCCGUUUGGGACCCCGUCACGGACGCGCAGCGGGAGCUUCCCGCGCUGCCGCAGUCCCCUUCCCUAUACAACAGUAUCCACACCAACGCCGCAGUGCUCUGCGCGGGCAGGGGCGGCUGCAACCACCUAGACUGCCACAGCGGACCCUACCUCGUGAGCGGUGGGCUGGGAUGUGUCACAGAGCAGAGAUCUGCAUUAUACCAGUGGUCGAGGGAGGCUGGCCCAGACAGAGAUAUGAGAUGGGUUCAGAGCAAACUCAUUGAGUACAAGAUCCCUGUUGGUCGCACCAUGAUCACACUUGAUGUUUUUGGCUUUGCUGAUGGCAGUGGUGUCAUCUACGUCGGGACGGAUAAUGGGGCUUUCAUGACUGAUUUAAAGUCUGGCAGAUUUAUGAAAGUAGGAGGGAUGUUAAAAAAGGUAUGCUCUCAGUUCAGAUAUCACAUCACCUUGUAA